CAGCUUCGUGUCUUCACACACUUCCACUCCCUUCUAUCACAUUCUGGAUUUAAUCUCACAAUUCAUUCAUUCCUCAUGACCUUCUCAACUUUAUCACCGUUUUCUCUUCAUCUUCUUCUCAACCGUAACCGCCCGUCGUCCUCCGUCCACCUCCGCCGGACCUCCACGUCACCUCCCUAUCUCCGCCACAAAUUCACCGUACCUAAACUACGGACCGUAUCCUCAGUUUUACAGACGAACGACGGCGUUUCAUCAGAUUCAGAUUCGUGCUCAACGGAGCCUCGUAGUUUCCGUAAUGAUGUGAGAAUUGUUGCCGUUGUUGGAGAAGGUGCUGUUAGUCCUCUCAAAUCUGCUUCCUGGCUUGAUGUUAUGUCUCACACUGCAGAAAGGUUGAAAUGGAUUGAUGACAAAUACGAGAUGCUGGUAUUCACAGACAACAUCUCCAAAUCGAAUCCAAACGUUCAAAAUCUUCAAAAGCUAUUAUCGACUGCAAACAUUUUGCUAAUUGUUUCAGUAACAAAACAAGAAGCAGUGGAAUAUAUACAACGUUACAGUCGAAACAUCCCAAAUAUAAUCUGCUUUGAUUCAUCACCAGCGUUAGAAAAUAAGUUAGGAGGAUCAUUCGUUCAAGUAGAACAAAAGAGUAGCAUAUUCAGCAAAUUUGACAAGAAAACAAAGGAGACAAAAGAGCUAGCAGAAACCAUAUCCGAAGCAUGGGUCAGAAAUAAUUCUGAUGAUAUAAGGUUUUGUUUAUUAAUCAUAAUCAAUGCUUACAUAAAACCAGUUCCAGUUUUGAAAAAUUUAAGAGCUCAAGGUUUUUCAACGUUGAAUUGCAUGGUAAAGAACUGUGGACGCCAGGUUUUAAACUGUCUUCUAGAUCCGAACUGUAGAAAAGCUCUUCAAUGCUUGAAUCAAUGUAGUCCAGUUGAUCAAGUAUGCAACUAUCAAUGCAUUGCGUCAUAUGAAAGCCCGAUUCUGGAAGAGUUUUCCCUUUGUGUUUUGCAAAAACACAAUUGUCUCGAUUUAGAUGCAAAGAUCCCUGAAAAACCGUACGUCCCACCAAUGGUUAACUUCCGUGGGCAAGUAUUAUCACAUGAGAUAGCCGAGGAUCUCUUUAUCGGUUGGCUCGGGAAUCUCGAAUGGAGUUGGCGGGUCAUUGCGGGCCAAAACCCGGCGUACGAUCAGUUCCCGUGUCAAAACCAGCUUUUCUAUAGGGGAAAGGCCCGUGGGUCGUUUUGGUAUGAGCCGGUUUUUCAAGUGAAAACAUUGGAUGGUAAGCUUGUUUGGAGGAGAAGAAAGUACAGGGUUAAAAGAGGGAAAGUAGCGGGUACGUUUUACUUUAGUGUUUUGGACAACGGGGUUGUGUCGAAUGAGUACUGGACUAUUGUGGAUGUUAGUGAAGAUUUUAGUUGGGGUUUGUUUCAUUAUAGUGGCGCGGCUCGUGUUGCGGGCCAGUCUUACACGGGUGCAGUUUUGGUGAGUCGAGACGGGGAGUACCCGAAUGAAAUGCAAAAGGAUAGAUUAUAUUCGGCUUUGGAUAGAUGUUGUAUUAAAGAGUGGGAGUUAUUUGAGGUGGAUAACUGCUCAUGUGAAGGUGCACCAUUGGGACUACCCGAGGGUUCGCGUUUGCAUAUGACUGUUAAGCCUGAUGGUUGCAAGUGAUGCCCGAUUUAUCAGUGUAUGGUAACACAGUUGUUUAACAAGAGAACGAAAGGAAGCUAUACAGAAAGAGAUGGUUAGCAAUUUCGUACGCAUCUGGGUUAUGCAAACCUGUAGAUACGCAAGAGCAAUCCGAGACGCAUCCUACACAUACAUCGUACGCAUACGUCAUACUGUACAAUGUCUAUAAUGUAUUUUAUUGUUUUUCGUAUUUUGUUAUCAGGCAAAAUCCGAAAAACCACCACGGACUUUCAUUAGUUGCGUGGUUAAGUUCUUAAACUUUAUUCGUGUAUAGUUGAAUGAUUUCUUCUAUAAAUGGGUUAUUUUCAAA